UACGCACCACACACACCACACGUUCUUCUACAGUAGACGAGCAAGAAUAACUUUAUUUUUUUACGAACUGCAGCUUUAUACUCUAAUAACUACUGUAAUAACAAAUGCCAUGGGUGAAAACGUAGACGAUAACGGUGUGCAGGAUGAUUAUAUGGACUCGGACGACGAUAAUGAAGUGCCAACAAGUAAAGAAUUGCCUGCCGUAGCAAAAUUUGAGGUACCAUUCAACAGUAGUCGAGAAGCAGAAAUAGCAAGGAAUUCUUUGCAAGUCGACCCAGAGCCUAAAAGAGGAGGAUCAAAGAAAAGCUUUGCUGUUAAGGAUAAUAUUCUUUGUGUAGAAAUUCGAUCUGUUGAUGUGCGGCAGCUCAGAUCAGCCGUGUGUUCAUUUAUGGAUCUUCUGAACUUAGUGACAAAAACAAUAGACCAGUUUGGACCUCCAGUACAGCAGGCAAAGAAAAUGUGUGUGUGAUUUUCUUCUUUUACAUCUUAUCAUUAUAUUGCAAAGAAUAGACUUGAAGUUAUUGUGCUGUGAUCAUUGACUUUCUAAUAACUGUUAUUUUUAGUUAGGAUUAUUUUGAUGAAUUAUUGUUUGUGGUAUUUCAGUGACUGAAUAGGAUUGAAGAAACUGUGCUGAUUUUUUGUAAGAAUAGUAGUCAUAACAACAUUUGGAUGGUGAAUAUAGAUAAAGAACUAAAUGGCCUAAGAGAGGGAGAGAAAAUAAAAAGACAUUAAUUUUUUGGACAUUAUCAGGACUUGAGCUGGGUCCACCUGUAUAGUAGGAUAAGCAGCAAAUAUAGGGAAGAAAAGGAGAACAUGGG